CUGCUACUGUCUACAAUGUUGGUCCUUAAUGCUGAGCGGGUCAGUUCCUCUGAAGGCCCAUUGCGAAGAGGGUUUAAGGUCCUCAGACAAAUAGAGACACAGAAGAUCUCCAUUGGCCUGCUUUCCAGAGCUCUGUGGGGAGGGGAUGAGAGGUGUGCAUUGCACAGUUGGGUUUGGAAGGAAAAUUCAUUAACUUGCAAGCCCAGUCAUACAGCUGUGUGUGAACCUGCUAAGGACUUGUCUUUCCCCAACUAUCUCUUACCUUGUGCUGCCUCCCCAAGCUCUGAUGAUAGGAUCUCAGCCCUACCUCUCCAGAGAAUACUGGGGAAUUUGUACUAUGGGCCAUACCUCAUCUUGAUCUCCUUGGGACUUAGUUUCCUGCUGCUGGUGGUUGUCUGUGUGAUUGGACACCAAGGUUAUAACUUACAGAAAGACCUGGUUACCUUGAAUACAAAUUUCAGCAACUUCACUUCAGACCAUGCAGCUGACAUCCAGCGACUGACUUCCAACUAUGGUACAUUGCAAGAAACUAUAAAUUCUCUGAAAGCAGAAGUGGAGGAUCACAGGGAGGAACUGCAGGCAGGACGUAGCUUGAAGGAUAAGGUGAAUUCUCUGGAGGGCACUCUGCAGAAAAAAGAGCAGGAGUUCAAAGCAGAUCAGUCUCAAAUGCUCACACAAGUUCAGAAGCUGGUAAAAGAGCUCCGGGCCCUGUCUUGUCAACUGGCUGAGCUCAAGAACAAUGGCUCUAAGACCUGCUGCCCUCUUAACUGGAUGGAGCAUGAAGGCAGCUGCUACUGGUUUUCUCAAUUAAAGAAAUCCUGGCUUGAGGCUAACAAGUCCUGCCAGAUGGAAAAUGCCCACCUGGUGAUAGUGAACUCCUUGGAGGAGCAGAGAUUUAUUGAGGGCAACACGAGACAGAGGAACACCUGGAUAGGCCUAACUGACAAGAGUGGGCCCUGGAAAUGGGUGGAUGGGUCUGACCUUGACAGAGGUUUUACGAACUGGAGUCCAGAGCAGCCAGAUGACUGGUAUGGGCAUGGGCUGGGAGGAGGCGAGGACUGUGCCCACUUCACCUUUGAUGGUCACUGGAAUGAUAAUGCCUGCCUGAGGCCCUACCUCUGGGUCUGUGAAAUAGAGCUGAGCUGAGCCAGCUAAGCGCUUCCCUCACUGUAAUUUAUUUACUCAAUGCCUUGAAAUGCUAAGAUCAAGUAUUAAGAAUCCUCCUUUCUGGGGGACUUUCAACUAGCAUAUUUUUGUUGUUUUUUUGGUACUGAGGAUCAAACUCAGGACCUUGCGCUUGCGAGGCAGGCGGUGGAACCACUGAGCCAAAUCCUUGCCCUCAACUAGGGGAAUGAAAAUGAUGGUGUCUAAGGAAUGUAUUGUGAGAUUUAUAGGGGUGGGGAGAAUAAAAUCCAUGAUAAUUUGUACAGUG